AUGCGCUCCACAGUGGGAUUGGCGGCCCUCGCGCUCGCGGGAGCCUUCCAGGCUGUAGCAGCGAAAAAGUGUGUACAUCGGCCCAGCUCCGCGACUGGCAAUACACCCUCCAAUGCAAGCACCGAUACACCAAGUGUAUCCUCGACAGCGACACCAAGUACGUCGGCGGGCAACUCCGGUUCGACCACGCCUUCAAGCCUCAGCUUUGAGACACCCUCCUCGUCGUCGAGCAUCAUAGUGGAGAUGAGCUCUGCAUCCAACACCCCAAGUACUGGUAGUGGUACUGGCACGCCCGUUGAGACCACGCCCAGCUCUUCUUCAGCCGCAACUCCCAGCGAGAGCUCUACGAAUACCGGCAUUGUUACGAGCACAACGCCGGCAGUCACACCCACUUCUGCAAGUGGCUCUACUGGAACACCUACAACACCAUUGACUACUGCGUCGGACGCCGUUGUAACAAACGCUGUCCAGAACGGCAAUCUCGCUCGUAAUACCGACGGAUUCACAACCGAUGGCGACGUAUCGCACGAUUCGACCGACGGUUACACUGGCGAAAGCACGAGCGAAACGGGCUGCGCGAAGCUCAAGGUUACCGGAAGCGGCACCAGCUCCCAAGCCCCCUCUCGCCGCAACUUCAAGCGUCAAGCAGCUGCCAGUAACUUGGUGUCUAUCUCCCAGGGCCUGACGGGGCUCAACGUCAACACCGAUUACACCUUGCGCUUCUACUACAGCAUUGUAACCGGCUCGACAACCCAGAAUGACUGCCGCCUCUUGGCCUUCUUCGACGACCAGGCUCUCUGGUCCGAGUUCAUCAUGGAGCCCGCCACCUCGCCCACAGCUUAUAUUCAGGUGACCAAGCAAGGACGGCCCUCUCAGGCAAACCCCGUGCUGCGUUUCUCCCUGCGUUGUGAUAUCGGUGGCUCGGCCUCGGUGCUGAUUGACUCCAUCUUCCUGUCGAACCAAGUUACUCCUGCCACCAUCGACCAGUACAUUAUCGACUACGGCUCGGGCAGCGGAUCUGUCCCGGCCAGUUCCUUCACUGCUUCAACAACUACGUCCAGCCUGGCUCCUCUGCGUACCCAAGAGUGCGUCCAACUCGGCACAGCGGGCAACGGCCUCUCUGCCUCCGAACAGGCGUCUUACGUCCGGCCUCGAUCGCAAUACGACUCGCCAUGGCCGACACCCGUCACUUUCCGCUCCUGCAUCGAGCACUGCAAGAACGCCUACCAGUACUGUGGUGCCGCCUCCUGGAACACGAACACCAAAGAAUGCGUAUUGUACAAGGGAUCCCUUGUCCAAAUUGGCUUUGCGUCAGAUACCACCAGCCCAAUCAACUUCUACGACGGCGGCUGCCUCAGGGCCCCUGACAAGUACGCCGACUGUGGCCUCAUGGGCAGCGCGGUUUCCGACAGCACCAAUCCCGCCUACAUCAGAUCCAGUGGCCCCGUGCCCCAGGCCGCAGCUUGCUACCAGACUUGUGUUGGUAUCAACAUGGGCUGCGUCUCCUUCAGUUGGGAUGCCCUCAGCGGAAUAUGCUACAUGUUUAGGGCAACCCGCGAGUUGAGUGGCUUCACGCCGGCCGCACGCUCGAGCACGACGUUUUACAACCGUGACUGUAUUGCGUCUUGA